UCCCGGUUGUAUUGUUUUCAAUGUUUUGUUCGUAUACACUACUUUUGGAUGAAAUUCAGACAUUCACUAUAUUUGUUUCUAAUUGAUAAAAUAAUACUUCACCAUAGUUAUGCUCAAAGUGUUAAAUGAAGUAUUCAGAUUUUUUCCGGAUUAUUAUAUAGCUAAUAUAGUGUUUUAUCAAAAUGAACUAAUUGCAUGAAUUUUAAGAAUUUAAAAAUCCUUUCUCAAAUUCUGUUUUAGGAGUUGAAUAUAACUUGCAAUUUUAUUUGCUCUUUUAUUUUCAUCGAUAAUGUAUCUUAACAUUUUGGAGGUGUUCCUUGCUUUUGUAACGUGCACGAAUGCCACGAUUUUCACGUCUGUUUGGCGGAUGCAAAAAGCGGCGGAAGUUGAAGCAAGCAUGCGCGAGGUACUAAGAAAUUACAUCAUGCAAAGUGACGCCAUACAGCUGCAAGUGCCGAACUCUAUCAGAAGCUUUUUGGACGAGUUGGACUCCCUUGUUGACCUCACAUCACGGGAAGAUUACCUUGAGAACCCCAUUGACGCCUUCGACUUCAUCCGCCGUAGGACUACGACCUGGAAGGAGGUGGAAACGAUCAUGAACUGUGACGAAUGUGAGCUUAACCCUCCCCGCAAGAAGUACCAUGAAGACAUGGAGAUGCUAAAGUCAAGAACGCAAGAGUUAAACGUUACUCAAGACGACGCCGAGCAUGCGGCCAUAGCUCUCGUCCGCCUAUGGAGGACAUAUCAUCUCAACCUAACAGAAUUAUUCAGUGGACGUAUUCUCAACACAACUACUCAACCAUUGGCAGCAGAAGACAUUCUUUUCAUAACAAAAACUCUAGACGAACGAGGCGACUUUUACGCAGAAAUAUCUUGGCUUGAGCAGUUAAUGGCGUCACUAAAGGAGGACGAAGACCUUUGUUCGGACACUGUCUUACGGAAAAGGGCUGUGAAUAUGCUGACGUCUGCGUAUACGAGGUAUGGUAUGCCAUGGAAGUCCGUUGACCUUCUUGCCAACGAAUUGCAAAAAGAAUACAGCAAAAGCGUAGAACGUGACCUGAAGUAUUAUUCUCUGAAAGUUCAAGAUGCCGAGAAGUCCUCUAAAAACAUUACUCUGCAAGACUCUUUAACUCCAAGAGUGAGCCAUAGCAUGACAUUAUGCAGAGGAGAAGGUAUCCGCGACGUGAGUGUAACAUCAAGGUUGUACUGUCUAUACAGGCAGGUAACCACGCCCUAUCACCGUGUCAAGGAGGAGAUUCUCAACUUUAAACCACGCCUUUCGCUCCUUUACAACGUGAUAUCUGACGAAGAAGUCGAACAGUUCAAAGAGCUUGCUGUCAUCAGGAUGAAAGAGUCGCUUGUCUCAUCGGCUAUGAGCAAAGGGCGAGAUGUACGAGUGAGUGAAACGGCGUGGAUGGCGGACACAGUGGAUCCUCUUAUCAAACGUCUCGGUAUGCGGAUACAGAUGAUAACAGGCCUUAACGUCAUGCAGCACUUGCCGCCGUGUGCCGACUCCGAGUCAUUCCAGGUUCUGAAUUAUGGAAUAGGUGGCAUGUACGUCGAUCAUCACGACUACCUUGAGACACCCCUGCUGUCUUUCGGCCCCCUUCCCGAAGAACAGAGUCAGGGUUACCCGCUACACGACCUCUUGUGUGGUGAAAGAACCGCUACAUGGAUAUACUAUCUAAGCGAUGUGCAAGCUGGAGGGAACACAAUUUUUACAUUGCUUAAUAUCACCGUUCCAGUUGUCAAGGGAGGCGCGGCGUUCUGGUACAACAUUGACCGAGCUGGAGUGCACGACCAUUGGACCGAACAUGCGGGAUGCCCAGUCCUUAUUGGGUCUAAAUGGAUAUCUAACAAGUGGAUUCGGGAGACCGGCCAGGUUUUAAAAAGAACUUGCGGCAAACACAUGGACGCUCUUGAUGGACCACUUUGAGAUAGCUUCUAGUGUUUUCACGGCUUUGUGUUGUUUUUUUAGAAGUUUUAAUAAAAAUAUAU